GGCACUACAGUAAGUUACACGCCCUGUGGCCGACGCUGUUUCCGGCCGUCCACAACGACCUCGUCCGGUCUCUUGUCGUUUCGGAGAGCGAUGCCCUACGACGACACUCAUCUUGCUCUGAUGGUCGCAACACCGCCCUGAGUCUCUCACUGACCACGUCUUGCGAACGGCACCCUGUCCGAACCGAAUCAUGUCAACCUGUACACGCGACCUUACCUCCGCCAGCGCCGUCUGCGUUCGUGGGACAGCCUAAUUGCGUCUUUAUCAUUCAUCAUUCGCCCGAAGACCAGCCUUUGACGAAUCGCAGCCUCUUAGACAGUCAAGCGGUCAGCAGCCUCCCCGUGGCCACCCGGGAGGCAGUCCUCAUUCACCCCUCGUAGCUGGACAAUCAGUAUGGCGGCCUCGAAGCCGCUAUUAGCAUCUCAAGACAAUACUGGGUCAACUUUCCUUGCCCAAUGUCCGCCACACAUCUCUACGGAAUCUCCUGUGCUAGCGUCAGCCGUCACUCUGCCGGAAUAUCCUCUCAUCGCAUACACUGUGUUCUCCGGCGACCCCUCAACGAAGGCAGACAAUCUCAACAGCAUCGAACACGCCCGCAGACACGUGCUUUCUCGGAAUGAAGGCCGUGACAUCCUCAAUUCGCUGCUUCCUGCGGUACACAUAUCGAAGGACGCCUCCGCCCUCUAUGUCUUCGCCUUCGGAUCCUUAGACCGAACCUCCGAGACUCAGAGCGCUUUGGCCGCUCUACAGCUCGAUGAUCUACUUCGCGUAGAAAGUUAUACAUUCCAGCCGUCAUCUGUGUAUCCAUGCUCUGCCGCUUGCUCUACUCAGGAUAUACCGUGCUCGGCAUGCCUGAAUGUGGCUCACCCCUGUCCCACUCCUUCCUCUGCUCAUCUCUUGCCACGCCAAACACUUCAGCUCCCGUUUCACUAUUUCCUUAGCGCAGUCCGCGAUCGCCUGAUAGAUGGAAUCACGGAGGCGUCCAAGCACAGUCGAAGUUAUAGGUCAGCGACGCGGUACAAGAAUGGCUUCCUCCUUGGACCCUCCCCAGCAUCGUCCGAAUGGAGCGUUGGCUGGGAGCACCCUGAGCCCAGUCGACCGUUGAUCUAUAGCUCUCUGGAGGUCCAACUCUCGCACGCGUCUUCUCAUGCACAACUUGUCAUACACCCAGUCCUCAGGCCGACCUUCUACCUUCCGCUUGGAGAGACGUCGCCGCUACCAACAGGAGUACCGAUACUCUUGGUCCCGUACGGUGCUCCAGCCUAUUAUCUGAACACGUACUCAGGCCCUACGUCUGCGCUCACGAGCCAGUUCCAAGAGGCGUUGCUAGGUCUCGGCGCCGGCGACUGGAAAUGCGACCGAUUCGCUGCAGCUUCUCGCGAAGGCUUCGCCUUUACGGCAGAGAAGUCGGGUCCUACAUACGUGAUCGCCUGGCUCUCCGUGCAGAACAAGCAAGGGGAAGAUAAGGGCAUGCCCAUCAUCUGGCCAAUGCGGCUGUGCCUCUCAUACCAUUCCACUUCACCAUCUGCACACGCUCGAACUCCCCUUCCGUACAUACCAGAAUUGCCAACUCAGCUGCAAGCGUCGCCUCCGCCACCAAUGCCAGUGGUGCCCGCAGCGCUCGCAAAUGGUCAACCAGGGUCUACGUCCUCGAGGAAUAUCAGUCGUGAUGGUACACCAUCUCAGACUGGAACAAUACCUCCCGAUCAAGGUCCACAUCCGGCUACGAUGUCUCGGCGGCCCGCCCCGCAGAGAUCCUCGGCGACAGUGGACUCUUUGCGUGCGUUCCGGGGGAUGACGCUCAUCUCGACGCCCUCCACCCGCUCAUUGCACACUGUCGCCAAUGAGGUCAGCGGAUACGUGGAUUCUGUCGCGAAAGAACGUGAACGCGAACGCGAGAGGAUGAAGCGCGAGAAGGAGAGUGCCAACAUCCGUGCACGCACAAACAGUUUCAGUGGGGCCCCGGUCGCUUCAAGUCCUCCACAGCCUGAAGUGGGCGUCACCCCUGAACCUCAACCUGCCGCUGAGUCUCAGCAGAACGUCGAACCCGCACCGGAGGCUACUCCUCUGCCCAACGCUGAAGAAACACCGAUGGAGCAGGACGGAGAACCCCUGUUCCCUUCCUCGCAGGGGUCGUCGUCCACCGAUUCGCUUUUUUCACCUGCUGAAGAAGGGAGCCCACCGCCCACAGAUGAUGUCGCACCUGCAGUUGAGGAGGCGCCAAUGCAGGUAGAUACGGAACCCGCAGGCUCGCAGCCUAGCCAGCCAGAGCCCUCUACAGUAAUCUCGCAGGACGGUCUUGCUGCAUACGAUCCUUUCGCGGGAUUCGGAGACAACAUGAACAGCUGGGCUGGGCCUUCGUCAAACGACUUCUUGGGCGUCGAUAUGGGCCUCGGCAUGGAUUUCAACGUCGGCAUGGGGGCAUUUGGAAACUCGCGUUCAGGGGCGGGCGUCGUAGGCGACUUUGACAUGGACGAUGGCCUCGGAGUUUUCACUGAAGACGAUUUCAGCUUCUUCGAUGCUCCCUCAGUUCAGAACCGUGUCACGGCACCUGUCGUGACCGCUAGCGUCGAGAACGUUAUCAAGGCCGGAGAAGGUCUUACGCCUACGGCGGGCCCAGCUCCUCUUGGGUUUUCUCCACAGCGAGUUGGUGACGGUGCAGGUUCGUCUAGCCCUGGACCGCCUACCGCGGUGUUCAGCAACCGGUCCUCUUGGCCUCAAGGUCUAGUUACCGACGGCCUUACACCCCACCUGUUCGGCGGCACAAGUGAUAUCAUUUCUCCCGCCCCGGACUUGAUUCCUCCUUCCCCCACGAGAACCACUUCAACGCAGUCCGCUCCUGCCACCCCGAGCGUCCAGAUAUGUGAUACCCAAGAGGGACCUUUACAACAGAAGGGCCGGUACUUGGGUAUUGGUCCCAGCAUCUUCGACCCGAUACCCUUCGCCCUCGGCCAUAGAAUUGCUGAUAGCAAGUACGCCUUCGGUAAAUUCGCGCUGCCCAGCCCACCGGACACAGACGACCGUGUUGAGAGCAUGAACUUCUCUCCGGCCAACGGCGGAUGGAUAGCCAAGUACAGCGCUGCCACGGACCCUCGGAUCGGCGUGAUGAAGAAACUCGUUGAAUUCAAGCGCAAGGGGUUUGAUCAGAGCAGGGCCAGUGCGUUGCCCACGUGGGGGCGCGAGUACAAAGAAUGGGAGGGGGGCACAACGUCCCUCGUCGAUGACGAUGAGGCUAAGUCGGAGAGCGAAUCCGAGGAUGAGGGAGUGCUGGUGGAUGAAGAUCCGGCUGCAGCCAUCCGCCCGUCUACCCCUCCCCCGUCUUACCUACCGCUUGGCCCUACGUUAUUGCAGACGCGUUUCCACCAUGGCAGGUUGCUUCCGCUGAGUGGUCCUCUGAGGCCACCAGGCUCCGCCGUCAAUAGCGCAACUAGUGGUCCAGCACCUGUGUCGGCACCUACGCCUGUGUCGCCUGCUGCUGUCCUGGGUGCCACGUCUGAGAAGUCCAAGUCGCUCGAAGCGGCAGUACAGAUACUCGUCAAAGAGAUCGUCGAGAACAAUGUCUGGGCGGAAGCGUGGCACGCCAAUGCAGCAGCCGCAUCGAUGUCUUUGAAGCCUCCGUGCGAAGUGUGGCAGACAGACGUCAAGAGGGUCGGCAGAUUGUUGGAGAGUAUCAAGGCAACUCAGUCCCCCCUGGCUCUUCAGCAGUAUUGUAGCCCAGUCGUACAGUGCAAUUCAGGCCUUGCAGUAUCAUUGCAUGCUCUCGAACCUCCGAUGCUUACGAUCGGCAAGUCUGAUUCGGUGAUUCAAGUAUUGCCGGCUGCGUUGCGGUUUUGGGAGAAGAUUGGGUUGGGCCCGAGGGCAGGCAGGAAGGACGUCACUGCGUUUGUGGUUUUCGAGGGCUCUAGCGAGAGGAAGGAGGUAGCAAUCAGCCAGUGGUUGGACAAGAUCUCCGCAACAUAUUCGGCGAAGAACUACGGGACACAUACCGCUGGGAUGGCGCCAAUGUGCACCAAAGCAGGCCUCGUCCCCGUGCAGUUCGAUUCGCUAAAGAAGACGCUCGUCAAGUUCGUGUCUGGCCUUCCAACGUCGGCCAAGAACGCACAUGUAUUCUACAUCGUUGCGCCUUCAUCGGUCGUUGCACUGGACUCUCCACUUUUGCGCCAGCUCUUCUCGGCGGUCAAGCGCUGCACAAAGACGUAUCCGGACUUCCGCAUCCUCUUCCACUUCGUUCCGGAGGCUUUCCCCGCAGGAGCUCUAUCUGAUCCCCGCUAUAAGCACGAGGGCCUCGAGUCGUUUGUCGCGGCGGUCUAUGAUCGGCUACUGCAGCCUGUCGAGCGUCCUGUGUCUCCUCAACUCGCAGCGCACAUAGGACCCACGCGGGCGUUCUUCCAAGCACCUGCCUUCAGCCUUGCUUCAGCAUUACCAGGCAGGAAGAGCUCGGCAAGCCAUCGCGACCCAGUCGGCAUUACCUUCAUGCUCGAGUCACACCCUCGCUCCCUGGACGUAGUCAACAGGCACAUGCUGUUCCAUGUGGGGUACUCCGUCACGCCGUGUAAGCGAUGGCUGCUCGCAGCUGGCGUGGACGAGCGAGGGGACUCACACGAGCUUGGGGCCUGGCUUCUGCCAGACGAAUCAGUUGAUGCCUUCAUUGUGAAGCAGGUCUGGUCGUUUGCGCGGACUUGUACCGCGCGCGCAAGUGUGGAGUGGAGGGUUUCGCUAGCCAAGCUUGGAUCGAUGAGCGCCACGGAACUCAAUGCUUGGAUGUUCCAUCUCGACAGCAUAUUCGUGAACAAUACGGAUGUGCCUCCCAUGCGCGUGGUGUUACUCACCGUAGAGCACCAACGCUCCCUAACCGUCCUCGCGCCCUCCGACGGUCAUCGCCCCGCCUCUUCCUACCCAUCCUCCACUCGAUCGCCUCCUCGCGGCUCCUCCGGGCACGUGUUCACAGACACAAUGUCAACGACCUACGCGUUGUUCCCUCCCGCGCAUGUGAGCUGCAACCCCGCCUUGGGCCUCGACCCCAUGGGCGGCAGCUAUCCUGGGUCCCUCGACUUGCCUUUCGUACAAGACGCAGAAGACGAGGGGCCGCCUGCGUACGAACAAUCUGCGAUGCGCGGUUUGGCGCGGAGCCUGCUGAUCAACGUACCUGCUGGCACGGACUACACGUCUAUCAACAGCAUCGAGAUCAUCCAGCUUCACAGUAUCUGCUCUAGGAACUCAACGAGUCGUGCUCAGCGUGCCGCAGACGGCGAUGCCAUGGUUGUCGACGACGGCGGUCCCGUGGACGCUAAUGCGGACGACGCGUGCAUGUUGCGUGACCUCACGCACAACUACCACGCACUUGCAGUUUUGGCUCAAGCGCGUUGGCAGCCUCGCGAUCAUGCAGGUCUGCCGUUGCAUUUGUCUGCGCUGGAGGCAAUGAAGAUGGCCUUGUCUGGAGGUCCAGCGGACGCAUCCUAGGGGUCAUCUGUGCUUGUCGAACGACAACAGUUGGGACCAAUCCCUUAUACCUCUCUUGUUUUCAGAAACUGAGAGCCAUACACGAGUUGCUUGGUCAUGUUCAAGCUCCGUCGUAUUGUACAUACAUAUCUUGGGACAUAUGUUUGCAGGUCAUCGUGUAGCACCACCAUAGCAGUAAGGACACCGUAUCUUACAAUUCUGGAAUCUAAUGCAAUCACCGGUGUAGUUUACAUUUGCUUUCGUUGAUGACUGCUUUCACAAUGGUUGCGCCGUGUCACCAGUGGUACGACCCCGCGGCAUGGUACCUUCUUCAUACGGUCCUUGUCGUCAUUCCCUCGCUCCUUCACAUGCGAUUUCUUGAGAUAUGUGUUAGCUCUAGCGGUGUGCCAAUGGUCCUCAUAAAAGCG